ACCCAACCAGGUUUACUCUCUGCCUUUAUUUUCCUGUCGUCGGUGCCUCUCGGUGGCUGUUUUUCUCCGUCAGAGCUGCCGACACCAAAACGCAACCGAGCGAGACAGCGGCGAGAAACAACGAGGACGUCUACUAAAAAAAAUGUUGGUAUUAGAGCUCUUAAUUAACGCUGGGACCUGCCUGCUCUGGUUUCUUUACGUCAGUUUCCUACCGAAGGAAGGGCGGCCGCUCCUCUCACAUCUAGGCCGACGGAGACAAGGUCCGGACCGCCGCGCAACCGCACACGGAACGGCGCGGAGGAUCGUCAAGGUGCGGACGAGAGGCGCGUUCAGUAAUGAGGGCGAGGCGGACAACACAACACACUGCUACAUGAGCCUCCAGUUUCUCUAAGGAUCCUUACUAGGCAGAGGAACUUCUACAGAUGGAGCAGGCCUCAAAGGAACCGAUGUCAGACCUGGAGGUUGGGAUGGUCACUAUUAUUCGAGUUUUCCACAAAUACUCCGGUCUCAAGGGCAAGCUGAAAAAAGCAGAGCUUAAAGAUCUUAUCAACAAUGAGAUGAAUCAUUUCAUAAUGAAAAUCCAAGAGAAUGAAACUCUGGACGAGCUCUUUGCUGAUCUGGACCAGAAUGGAGAUCUGGAGAUCGACUUCAAGGAGUUUAUCGCCCUCAUCGCCAUGGUCACCUCGGCGUGCCACGAUCUCUUCAUCCCAGUCCAGCAUAAUGAAUAGACUGAUUACACAUUAAAAAUAUGGGAAACACA